AUGCACAAUUCAAAUGUAUUUUAUUUUAUAAAUGGUGAGCAUCAUGAUCUAAUUAACUGUUAUUAUUGUGAAUCAUGUAAUAAGUUGAUAUCUCAAGAAGAAGUGAAGAUCGAAAUAGAUACUUAUUUUUGCCCCAACUGCCUAGAAAACAUUCCUUCAAGUGAAGCGUUUUCAAGAAAUUUUAGAUGCAUUAAUUGCCAUGAUUGCCCGAGAUGUAUGGCAACAAUUUCUACAAAUAAAUUAAAUCUGGGAAUUGAAUCAAACGAAAAUAAUGGAGGAAUAGUGCAAUUUUCUUAUAAUUGCGGGUUUUGCUAUUUUUCAUUAAAUGCUGAUUAUGGAAUGAAUAUAGUGAGUGAGGUUAAUGAGACAACUAAUAAGGAACCUAGCAAUGGAAGCAAGAAGUUGGGUGCAGUUAAAUACAAAAACAGUUUUAGUCUGCAAGAGUCGAAUUAUUUAUCUCUAAUUUUUGAAAAAAUGAGUAAUUCAAUGGCUAAACAUUUUGAUCCAUAUAUUAUUAAUGAUACGACGAAAUCAAAGAACCUUGAUGAUGAGCAGGAAAAAUUGAAUCCUGCAUUAAGAAUUUUGGAAGAAAAGCAACAAAUUUUAACAAGUUUACUAAAAGAAAAGAACUUGUGGCAAAAUAACGAUAAAUUGAAAUGCCUUUCAAAUAUCAAAAAUUCAUUUCCAAAUUCACCGGAGAAAAAUAAUUUAUCAUAUAGACAAUAUCUAAAUCAUCCAGAAAUUAUAAAUUCAGUUUAUCUAUCAUUAAGAUCAAAUUCAAACAAUGGGGCAAUAUUAUAUCCUUUUGAAAAAAAAUUAUGUGUACAAAUAUCCAAGAGAUGCACAGCAUGUAAACGCCUUGUAAUAAAACCACAGUUGAACCCACUUUCUCAACCGCCAUUUAGAGUUAACUUGAGUGCAAACUUGUUCCUGCCAAACUUCAGAAUAGUUUCUAUCAAGAAUGCUUCGCCCGAUAAUCGUUCUUUUGAAAGAGUUAUAAAAAUUAAGAUUGAAAAUUUAAUGGAUAGGCAAGUCAGAGUUGAUUUCCUACCUGAAAAAGACCAAAAUGAACAACUAUCUAUUGAGAAUUCAAAGAUAUAUUCAAUUUUCCGGAUAGAACCAAAAAGCCUUAAUAUUGAACCUAAAUGGGAUCCAUUAUUAGAACAACAAGAUCAACAAUCAAACAUUUUAGCAAGUGAAAAGCGGGGAGAAUUUGGAACUAGAAUUAACUGCUUUUACAAAUUUCCAAUCCCCUACUGGGAAUGA